AUGAAAACGGAGAAAGUCAACAGAAAGAGAAAGAAAAAGGAGAAACUAGUUUUUGCACUACAGCUCAAUUGCUUUUGUCUUUAUGAAGAUUUGGCCGACUGUGGAGACCUAUGCUGCACUGACUGUUCUGGCGUCCAUCGAAUUACUCCAGUACCGGGAACAGCUUUCGAUGUGUUUUGCGAUACAGAAACAACCGGGGGUCCUUGGACGGUGAUUCAAAGAAGAUUUGAUGGUUCCGUCAACUUUUAUCGAAACUGGGAAGAAUACAAAUGGGGAUUUGGAAACCUUGAUGGUGAACACUGGUUAGGUCUAGAGUAUAUGUAUAGUCUUCUCAGCCUGGGACAACAGCUGUAUAUACACCUUGAGGGAUGGGAUGGUACCACAGGAUACGCGUCUUAUCAGAAUUUCGUCAUUGGGGACGAAACAUCAAACUACCAGCUAACUCUCGGAGAAUUCAGUGGAAAUGUUGAAGAAAGUUUUAUUCGACCAAGUCCUCGGGCUUUCUCCACUUACGACAGCGACAAUGAUAUCAGCCCAACUCGUCAUUGUGCCGAGUUUGGUAAAGGAGGAUGGUGGUACAAAAACUGCUAUUCCGUCAAUCUCAACGGGCUUCACACAGUGGAUCAGGGCAUCGAUGUGCCAGCUUCUAUGAACUGGAAAUAUUUCUACCGCGAUAGACGCCAAGCUCCACUUCGAAAAAGUAUCAUGAUGGUGAAAAGGAAAGGCUAG